UUGUCAUUUUCUACUGACGUUUUCAUUCUCAGACUGUUUUUGUGCAUUUUGCGAUUGAAAAUUCAUUUUUUUCACAGACUCAACAGUAGUUCUAGUGUGAAAAAUAAAAUGCACGCUCAAUAUCGAUAGAACAAGCUAAUUUGGUUUAAUUCCCUUAGUCUGCAUAAGUUUUUCCGGUGCCCUUGAGCUGUGCAUUCCACAGCAAGCUCCAAGAUGUACUUCUCAAUCGGAUGGCCACGGGUGCUCAAUAGUGGCCCGCAUCGAAGCAUCCGUAAAGUUGUGUGUGAUCGGGUUAAAAUCUUGUUUGCCGUUCUGGCGGAAGAUGCUAUUGCUAUCUGGUACUCGAAGCCCUGUGUACCGAUUACGUCUAAACUACGAAGUCCGGAAUGUUUGGAGAAGUAUGGUAUUAACACCAACAUAGAAUGGAAACCAGAUUCGAGCAUGUUGCUGGUGACUACCGGAGGGACGACGCAAGGCGGUACUUUGUUUAUGUAUACGUUGAUCGUGAAUGAUACUCCAAAGGGUGUGUACAAUCAAAAUGAUUCACCGUUCACUAACCUACGGCGGGAUAGUGCCGAGCUGUUUCUUAAAGAAACUAUACCCUGCUUAAAGCUUUCACUGACACACCGUAUUUGUCUCUAUGUCCCAAUUUGUUGUGUGUCGUGUAUAAACGUAAACCAGAUCGUGAUUGCAACGCAAGAGGGUCGAAUCAUCCGCCUUAAUUGGGAAGGUGCCGAAGAGCGUGAUUAUGCACUCGAUCUUAAAAGAAUUCCCUUUAGCGUUAAUCAGCAAGUCAGCUAUGCCGUCCCUAUUUUGGAGAAAAAUGUCUACGUCUCUUCGAUCGAUUACUCACCACUACUUUGCGGGUUCGGCAUAACGUUGAGCGAUGGUCGUGCAGCGUUUCUUACUGCAAACAACACGAAGUUUGAUCCCAACCAAGUGCAAGGGAUUUGGUGCCAAAAUGUGGACGACGCGACGUGCACGGUCAUCAAUCACAAGUACCGGUUGAUAGCAUUCGGGCGAAGGAACUCUCAAACCAACAUGUACGUGAUCGACGAUUUAACGGGCGGACUGGAACUAUCGCAUAGAUUGUCAUUGAGUGCGAAAGAUUUUCCCGGAUCGCCAGGCCCCGUCCGUGACAUGAAGUGGACACCCGAUGGAUGUGCCAUUAUAGUGGCCUGGGUCAACGGAGGCAUAUCUCUGUGGAGUACAUUCGGUUCGUUGUUACUGUGCUCGCUUGCCUGGGACUAUGGAUUGCAUGUAGAUUUGUCUAAAAAUGAUCCAUUUAACAUUAUAAGCAUGGAUUGGUCUACUGAAGGGUACCAGCUGCUUAUGGUACGGCAAACAAAUGAAAAAUCCACCCCAUCGUGCGAUGAAACUAAUGAGACCGAUGAAAUGAGCAACGCACCAUCGCCUGUUCCAUCCACAAUGCUGGUUCAGCUGGACUUUGUCAAAAGCAUUCUAACCAUCAAUCCAUGCAUGAGCAAUAAUUCUUUUCUGUUGCUGCAAGGAGAUGAUAAGCUCUAUAUCAACCACGGCGAUGUAUUGCAAAACAUUUAUCCUGCUCAUAAAGCUAGCUACGAUAGUGCUACUGGCGAUGGCGAGGUGUCCUACUCCGGGAAAACAGAUGAAUUUCGCAAAGAUUCUGCCUACAUACCAUCUGGAGAGCCCGAUCCGGUCAACGUCGGAGGAGACAGUUACCUCAAAUUCAACAGUGUACUAUCGGAGAGCAAACAUUGGGUUGUGUUGAAUCUUCCUACAGCUUAUAUUUCUUCCAACUGGCCGAUACGGUACAGUGCAAUAGAUCAUACCGGUACUAAUGUGGCAGUAGCAGGCCGGACAGGGGUAGCAUUGUAUUCCUUCAAUACUCGCAAAUGGAAAUUAUUUGGUAAUGAGACGCAAGAGAAAGAUUUUGUAAUAACGGGCGGUCUGCUUUGGUGGAAAGAAUUCAUAAUUAUGGGAUGUUAUUCCCUUAUCGGAUUCCACGACGAGUUACGCAUCUACUCUAAAGAAAACAAGUUGGAUAACCGAUUUGCCGAGAUUACGAAAAGUGCCAGUCCGGUGAUGCUCAUCAACUUAUUCCGCGAUCAACUGGUGGUUUUCACAUCUGACGGCCAUGUAUCAGUAUUUGCUCUGAAACAAAUCGAGGACGAUUACACUGGCCCCGACCAUCAUCGAGUGGAGCUGGUGAAGAUGCAUAUUUACGAUAUAAAAAACGUUUGCAUUCAUCCAGCAUGCGUCAUAUCGGUACUAAUGACGAGCAUUAAGCACGAAGGUGCCGGCACGGGAGGGAUGAUGAAAGCGAACAACUAUGAGAACUCUCUUUCCGAAACGUUAAUUAUGAACGUAUCUGGCCGCGUGUUGAUGGUGCAGACGGACCAUCAUCAGCACCAUCACGGCACAGGCAGUGCAAACAGUCAGCUAACAUCCACCUGCUUGGCCUCGUCGGUAGAGUGUAUCUGGGUGUCCGAGUCGAGCAAGACGCAUAUUAAAGAAUCUCUCUGGCUGUACUGUGGCGGAUACGGCAUGCGCGUCUGGUUGCCGGUUUUCCCACGGACGGGGGAAACAGGAUCGCGCAGCCUGCGACACACGUUCAUGAGCAAACGGAUAAUGUUAUCGUUCACGUUGAAAAUUUACCCUCUGGUGAUACUGUUCGAGGAUGCAAUUAUACUUGGGGCAGAAAAUGACACGCUGCUUUACACAAGCGAUCCGUCGGUGUACUUUUCAUUGCCAUAUAAUGCGCUCAAACGAACGAGCCAAGUUUAUUUGCAUCAAAUAUUGCGACAGCUGAUUCGACGCAACCUUGGGUACAAUGCUUGGGAAAUUGCUCGCUGCUGUACAAAUCUUCCAUACUUUCCCCACUCACUGGAACUGUUGCUGCACGAAGUGCUAGAAGAGGAAGCGACCAGCAAGGAACCGAUCCCCGAUGCUUUAUUACCGAGCGUCCUUGAAUUCAUCCAGGAGUUUCCGGUUUACUUACAGACGGUCGUACAAUGUGCUCGCAAGACAGAGAUUGCCCUUUGGCCGUAUCUGUUUUCCAGUGCCGGCAAACCGAAGGAAUUGUUCCAGAAGUGUAUGGCCGCACGACAGUUGCACACGGCUGCGAGCUAUUUGAUUAUAUUGCAAAAUUUGGAACCGUCCUCGGUGAGUCGCCAGUACGCGACGGUAUUACUGGACACUGCCCUGGAACAGCAGGAUUGGCCGCUGGCCAAAGAUUUGGUACGGUUUCUGCGCGCGAUCGAUCCGAACGAUGUGGAAUCCCCACGCUCGUCGUAUGUGUUUGGCAACAAGUUCGGUGGACUGAUUGCCGCUGGUCCUCCGGCGCCGAACGCUGAAGAUUUGAGUCUAAUCUUGGGCAGUAGCAUGGCAAGAGGUCGCAGUUUCUCAACCACCGUACCAUACCCGAAAUCAAAUGACAGUGCGGCUACGGUGGUAAAUAAGGAGAAGAACAUAAUGUUUAACAAUCCAACAGCAGCAGCAACGGUGCAGCAGAACAGUGGAGCACUAAGCUCGGGUCACGAUGCCUCCACCGAGAGACAAAUUUUGCGACGAAAGAAAAGUGUGCCAAAUACUCAAAAGGAAGCCGACACCUCCACGGCAGAAGAAUUUUUCAUCGACGUGGUACUGCAAAGACAUGCUCGCCGAUUUUUACAAUUGCGAAAGCUGGAAGAUCUUGGGUAUAUGAGUGCGACGCUGGAUUUCCAUCUAGUCGGAUGGCUUAAUCGAGAGAAGGAUCGUGCCGCGCGCAUAGAGGAUUUCGUAAAUGCCUUAAAGUCCUUGCACGACGAGCUCGAUUGGCCAAAACCGUGCCUAGAUCUAACAUUGCUUCCGAAUCCGUUGGCUCAAGCUCACAUGCAUGCAGAGUCGUCCCCCUCGCCGUCCUCGAAUUUGUCCAACAAAUCACCCCUGUCCGAGUUAACUACGCGCCGCACGGUCGAUUCGGGGUAUAACAGCCUGUCGUUCGUUCGACCGACGGGUGCCAAUGGUCCUGUUAUUGGGACGGCAGCGAAAGCGGACGAAAGACAGCUGGAACCAGAACAGGAGCAACCACAAGAACAACAACAGCAGCGACAAAAAAAUACGCCCGCAUCUCCGAUCGGCGAUCCGCUGCUGGGUACAACUGCGGAAGCCAAUCUUAUGCCACUGAACGAUACAGCGAGCGUGCUGUCCGAAGCUGCUCAACCCAACUGGCCAGACGAAGUGUCGACGGUGUGCGGUGGUGCAGGUGGCCUGCUGAACAUAACGCUUGGCGAGCAAAGCUUCAGCCAAGCGAUGGAGAAAAACAUUUCGAAGCAAAGCAAAUCGAACCGGCGCAAGCAACACAAGCUAGAGAUUCGCAUGCGUUACCUGUUGCAGAUAUUCACCGAGGCAAACUGUUACGAGUUUGCGCUCCUGCUCUCCGUGCUGCUACUCGACGUGGCCUCCGUCGGGCGCAUUACGAACGCGGCAAUACGAUCGAAAUCCCUCGUAGUGUGUCGACAGUUGCGCAACGGGCUGAAGGAUAUGACUCGCUGGAGCUUCAACGAGUGUCUUGCGUACCGGCCGUUUAUGAUCGCCUUGCAGCCUCAGCUAGCGGUGCUGGAUAAGUUUGUCAUUCAGCAGGAAUCCAUUCCGUCGCUGAUGCACACGACCGCCGUGACGGGGGUUUCAGCCUUUUCGCCGCUCGUGAUGGGUAGUAUGCACACUUUCCGCGAUAGUGAGGCGCCCGCUGCAGGCGUUACUGUGGGCGGAAGCAAGGGGCUAAGCCACCAAAGCCAAGGCGAGUCGCGGAAUGUAGGCAACUCCAGUGUCAAUAGCACCAUGCAGCGCAUGAGCUCGGCUGGUACGUUGGGGGGAAGCGUUGCGCUUUCAAGUGAAAGUGGUGGCGUUGGUGGUGGUGGCACUAUCACCGGCAACAAUCGGAUCGUCAUCGACGGGGCAAGUAUGCGGAGCGGUAGUGGCCAGCGCGAUGGUCUGGGACAGAAGUAUACCACAGCGCACCCUUUCGCCCGAUCGGUGUCAGAUUUGGAGGUGGCAAACAUUCGAAAGAUUGCGCAAGGCAAGUCCGUAACGGACAGUCGGUCAGUUGCAUCGGCCGCCAUCGCAGAGGAACCGCAACGGACGUGCAAUGUUAUGUAAGGUGUACUAAAGCCAGACGAAGGGCGGUAGAAAGGUGCUAUAGCAAAUUAUAAUAUACUUUAGCAGCGGGAAGGACCGCAACGGGUUGUGGAAGUUCGGAAGAGAUAUUUAAUAUAUUAGUAGUCUGAAAUUAACGAGCUGUAGUUAUGGCUCGAUUAUUAAUACUAGUUCCGUCCAUUGGCGGUGCAAUUUGCAAGUCUCGUACUGUUCUUUUCAUAACGAACUAGGGAAUAAAAUUGUAACACUAACGAAAAGAAAGGUCUAGCUGCGUGACCAAUCCUCGUGAUGGUCUCUUUAUAGAUGAUGCAGCAUAAAUUGUUCUCCACUAUGAACAUUGAUUUUUAAGAAAAAUUGCCAUUACAUUCCUUUACUAUGAAAAUAAAACAUUUGGCGUUAACGUGAAAAA